UUCCACUUUUCGGUUUCAGUUUGUUGCAAGAAUGUGUGAGGCACCACCUAACACUCCUGGUGUGCUUGAGAACUGUAAAAUAAUAAUGAGAUCUUGGAGUAGAUAAGUCUACUCUAUGAGGACUGAAACUGCCGGUCAUUCCCAAGGCCAGACCAGUUGUCUAACAAAGGAUUCGGACCAGGAUGUAGCACUCAAACUUGCCCAGGAGCGAGCUGAAAUAGUUGCUAAAUAUGACAGAGGACGAGAAGGUGCAGAGAUUGAACCUUGGGAGGACGCCGAUUACCUUGUUUACAAAGUCACGGAUAGAUUUGGCUUUUUACAUGAGGAGGAGCUCCCGAAUCACAACGCAGCUGUGGAACGCCAAAAGCAUCUGGAAAUUGAAAGAACUACUAAGUGGUUGAAAAUGCUAAAAGGAUGGGAAAAAUACAAGAACACCGAAAAGUUUCAUAGGAGAAUUUACAAAGGAAUCCCACUCCAGCUCAGAGGUGAAGUCUGGGCUCUGCUUCUGGAGAUCCCUAAAAUGAAAGAAGAAACAAGAGACCUCUAUAGUAAAUUAAAACACAGAGCCCGGGGUUGUUCACCUGAUAUCAGACAGAUAGACCUUGACGUCAACCGCACGUUUAGGGACCAUAUUAUGUUUAGAGACAGAUACGGUGUUAAGCAACAGUCACUGUUCCAUGUUCUCGCCGCGUACUCUAUUUAUAACACGGAAGUUGGAUACUGUCAGGGGAUGAGCCAGAUCACAGCUUUGCUCCUUAUGUAUAUGAACGAAGAAGAUGCCUUCUGGGCCCUGGUCAAACUAUUCUCGGGCCCCAAACAUGCCAUGCAUGGCUUUUUUGUUCAAGGUUUUCCUAAACUCUUGAGGUUUCAAGAACAUCAUGAAAAAAUACUGAAUAAAUUUCUAUCCAAGCUUAAGCAACACUUGGAUUCUCAAGAAAUCUACACAAGUUUUUACACAAUGAAAUGGUUUUUUCAAUGUUUCCUUGAUCGUACUCCCUUUACACUAAACCUCAGAAUAUGGGAUAUCUACAUCUUUGAAGGAGAACGAGUUCUUACCGCUAUGUCUUACACAAUCUUAAAAUUACACAAAAAACAUCUAAUGAAAUUGUCUAUGGAAGAACUUGUAGAAUUUCUUCAGGAGACGCUGGCAAAGGAUUUUUUCUUCGAAGAUGACUUUGUAAUAGAGCAACUUCAGAUUUCUAUGGUGGAACUAAAGCGUGCAAAAUUAGACCUUCCAGAACCUGGGAAAGAGGAUGAGUAUCCGAAGAAACCUUUGGGUCAGCUGCCACCUGAAUCUGCUUGCAUCAGUCACCUGAGCAAUGGACAGAGAAGUGUGGGCAGGCCAAGUCCCCAUAUGAGCAGCAGAAGAGGAAGCGGCUCAUCACCUCACAAAAAGCAUGAGCCUUCCCCUCUCCAUGCGAGUAGGAUUGGUACACCAGAACGAGUAAGGGCACUGAGACGGAAAUCAGAAGAUGAAGACAGUAAAAAGCUUCAAGAUGAAGCAGAUCUUCAAAGAAAACUUCCAUCAGGUCCACAGGACAGUUCCAGGCAGUACAAUCAUGCAGCUGCUAACCAGAAUAGCAAUGCCACGUCCAAUACCAGGAAGGAAUUUGUGCCCAAGUGGAACAAACCGUCAGAGACUUCAGCCAUUGAAAAAACUGCCAAAUACGCCAUCGAAGGCAAAAGUAGGUCAGGACACCCGGCACUCACAGUUUCCAUCCCGAGUUCUGCAGACCCUCGAAUAUCAAACGUGAGGCAGAAGAUGAAGGUUUUGGAUGCCGAUGAAGGGAAGCGGGGCUCUAACGCGUCCCAGUACGACAACGUACCUGAAAAUGACAACAGCGCUUCUAUCGAAGAGGCACUAGAAAGAGCCUACUCCCAAAGUCCACGGAACGUGGUCUACUCUCACAGCCCAAGGAAGUACGUGGAGCCAAGUUCUAGUCCAUCGAGAGUAUCAAACAAGUUUACUUUUAAAGUGCAGCCUGCAGGUUACGCAAAAUACCCACCUCCGUUGGACGGAGAGGAUCGCAGGACAGUGCUCCCGCCGUCCUACAGUAACCCCCCAGUUUACCACGGCAAUUCUCCCAGACACAUCCCUGCUGCUAACAGCAGCUUUGCCUCUCCGCCGUCUACCCACGGGACUCAAGUGCAUCCUUCCCGGAGACCUUAUGGUUCGACUCUUUCAGUCAAUAUUUCUCCAGAGAAGUCGCACAGCCGCCCGCUCCCUGUUGUGCUGCCCUCCAGCCGCAUAGAAGUCCUUCCCAUUGAUCCUGGCGCCGGGGGAUAUGCAGGCAAUCCAGAGUCGCCAAAGAAUGGACAGUUCAUCAUUCCUCCAGUGGAUUAUCUGCCGGAUAACAGAAAGUGGUCAGAAGUCAGUUACACCUACAGACCCGAGACUCACGGACCAUUGUGGACUCAAGACGCUAACCGGGGCCACUUGAGCAACUUACCAAAAUAUUCCACCUUCCAGCACGUUCCCUUCCAGGACCACAGCCUGCCGGCGGUUUCAGUGGAUAGUCCACUGCGAUACAGAACUUCCCCAGGCUUAGAAGAGGCUGGCUCCUCUGGCUGUCAGUAUUCAGGGCCCUCGCCUCCAGCGUACCACUACAGAAAUCGGGAUGGACUUUCUAUUCAAGAAUCAGUAUUGCUGUGAGAAUUUAUCUAUACUUGGUAAAGACAGGAGAAUAGAAACCAUUUGAAACCUACAUUGCUAUGUUUAUAAUUGCCAAAGCAGUAUUUUAUACUAUUGUGAACAUCUUGCAGAGUUCCGUGUCUGCCG